AUGCCUAUUCCAGCUCCACACGGUGGUAAAUUGAAUGAUUUAAUCAUUCGUGAUGCCAGUAUUAAACAACAAUUAUUAGAAGAAGCUAAAACUUUACCAUCUUUGACAUUAACUGCUAGACAAUUAUGUGAUUUGGAAUUGAUUUUAACUGGUGGUUUUUCUCCAUUAACUGGUUUCUUAAAUGAAGAUGAUUAUACCAGUGUUGUUGAAGAUUUAAGAUUAACUAGUGUUAAAGGUGAAAAUGGUAAAGGUUUAUUAUGGCCAAUCCCAAUCACUUUAGAUGUUAAUGAACAAACUGCUUCUAAUUAUAAACAAGGUGAUAGAAUUGUUUUAUUGGAUUUGAGAGAUGAAACUCCUUUGGCUAUCAUUACUCUUGAAUCUAUUUAUAAACCAAAUAAAGAAAAUGAAGCUAAAAAAGUUUUCCGUGGUGAUCCAGAACAUCCAGCUAAUAAAUAUUUAUUUGAAAUUGCUGGUGAUUAUUAUCUUGGUGGUUCUUUACAAGGUCUUAAUUAUCCAAAACAUUAUGAUUAUGUUGAAUCAAGAAAAACUCCAACUGAAUUAAGAGAAGAAUUUACUAAACUUGGUUGGGCUGAUCAAAAUAUUGUUGCUUUCCAAACUAGAAACCCAAUGCAUAGAGCUCAUAGAGAAUUAACCAUUAGAGCUGCUCAAGAUAUUGGUCCAACUGGUCAUAUUUUAAUUCAUCCAGUUGUUGGUUUAACUAAACCAGGUGAUAUUGAUCACCAUACUAGAGUUAAAGUUUAUAGACAAAUUUUGAAAAAAUUCCCUGAUGGUUUGGCUACUUUAUCUUUAUUACCAUUGGCUAUGAGAAUGGGUGGUGAUAGAGAAGCUUUAUGGCAUGCUUUAAUUAGAACCAAUUAUGGUGUUGAUCAUUUUAUAGUUGGUAGAGAUCAUGCUGGUCCAGGUAAAAACUCUCAAGGUGUUGAUUUCUAUGGUCCUUAUGAUGCUCAAGAAUUACUUGCUAAAUAUCAAGAUGAAUUAACCAUUAAAAUUGUUCCAUUUAGAAUGGUUACUUAUUUACCGGAUGAAGAUAGAUAUGCUCCAAUUGAUACCAUUGAUACUACUAAAGUUAAAACUGCUAAUAUUUCUGGUACUGAAUUAAGAAAUAGAUUAAGAACUGGUGAAGAAAUUCCAGCUUGGUUUUCUUAUCCAGAAGUUGUUAAAAUUUUACGUGAAACUAAUCCACCAAGAUCUAAACAAGGUUUUGCUAUUUUAAUUGAUAACUCAAAUAAAUUGGGUGAUUAUUUAUCUUUUGCUUUACAAUCUACUUUAAAUCAAUUUUCUGGUGAACGUAGAAUUACCAAAAUUUCAAAUGAACAAGCUAAUAAUACUGAUCCAUUUAUUAUUGGUGAAUUAGUUAAAGCUGGUUCUGGUCUUAUUAUUCCAACUUCAAACCCAUCUGCAAUUGUUGAUGUUGUUGGUACUGGUAAUUCUUUAAUUGUUAAUUCUACUGAAGGUCAAUUCAAUUUAUCAAAUGAUGAUUUGACUGUUGUCGUUGAAGAAAUUGUCAGUUAUUUGAAAGAUCAAGGUUUCUACUAG